AUGGGGCGUAAGAGCCUCAAAACACUCGCUGAAGCGCUGGGUAAAGCGCAUGAGUUUAUCAAAGAAGACGAGACUGACAGAGCAAUGCUGGGUAGUAAAGCAACAGGUGACUCGGUUAAGCGGGCAGAGGUCACCCGGGCAGAGAACACAGCCAGGGUGGACCAGCCGAGCAGAGCUGAGCAAAACCGCAGAGAAGCGGACAGGGCAGUGGGACUGAGAAGCGUAAAUAAGGCUGAUGAUAAGUGGCUGAGGCCUCCAAGGAUGGUAAAUAGGAGUUGUGAUACCAGUAAGUGGUGUGACUUUCACGGGGACUAUGGCCAUACCACUAAAGAAUGCACGCACUUGAAGGAAAACAUAGAGGACUUGGUCAUGAGAGGAUACCUGAGUCAAUUUAAGCAGCGUGGUGAGCCUCCAAGAAGAAGGGAGGAGGAUAGAGCAGGCCGAGCUGACCGUAAAGGAGUUAAUAAAGUGCGGGCUGACCUGCGGGCAAUUGUACAUCAAAUAAACGACAAUGAUAAGCGUAGAUGGCCACCUCUUCCCUUGCAUCCGCGAGCCACGUUCGACGAGUAUGACCAGAAGGGCAUAAUUUACCCUCAUGAUGACCUGCUGGUGGUGACAAUGAGAAUUGCAAACUGGGAGGUGGAUAGAAUACUGAUAGACGGAGGCAGCUCAGCCAACAUCAUAUACAUCAGUGCGUUCAAUGAGCUGAAGUUGGACAGAAAAGACCUGGAGAGGGUAAACUACGAGGUCACCGGGUUUAAUGGCUCGGGGCUUACCCCAGAAGGCAUAAUCGAACUCUCAGUCCGGGUAGGAGAGAGGUCAAAAAGACGUUAUGUUCGAGCAGAAUUUCUCGUCAUAAACUCCCCUUCACCCUACAAUGUAAUCAUGGGAAGACCGCUCAUCCACAAGAUAGGCGGGGUGGUAUCCACUUACCACCUGGCCAUGGCGUACACAACUAAUGAGGGUUUGUCAGCAAAGCUCAAGGGAAGCCAGAAGACAGCCAAACAAUGUUACAUAACUGCCUUGAAGCAGCCUGCCAAAACCAGACAACAGUCCGGUUCCAAGAGAAGGCUCCCAUAG